CGUGACUCCUGUGCGAUUUCGGGCCCGGGGUUGUGCGUUUACGUGCACAUAUGCAGUCACCGCCUCCGCCCGAGCCCACGCCGCACCUCGACCGGCUCUCCGACGACCUCUUGCGCAAGGUGCUUCGAGCGGCGCGGCCGCACACGCCGGCGGUUCGCGUCGCUCUCUUGCGUGCCUCGCGCCGGAUCGCGGCGCUUCUCCAGGCCGAGACCACUCUGGCGGUGGACCUGGAGUGCGACAAGUGGCCGACGGCGCUCGCCGGUGUGGGGAGGAUGCUCUAUGACCCGGUCGACGACUGUGUCGCGUGCCGUGUCUCGGUGCAUGCCGACGUCGCGACGCUCUCGCGCUUCUCCAGCCGGCUUUCGGACGCGCUCGAGCUGGCUCAGCUGGCCCACCGGCGCUCGGCCGCGCGCGCCGCCGUGCGCUCGCUCCGGCUCCACCGGCGCAGCGACCUGGGCGCGCUGCUGCCUCGCCUCGUCCCUCAGCUGGCGAGCGCGAGGCCCGGGCGUCUGCGCGCCGUCACUCUGACGCGAUGCGCCCUGCCUCCGAACCUGGGCGAGAUGCUGGCGCACGUGCAGCGGCUCACUUUGUGGGAGUGCACCUUUGGAGGGGGCAGGGGCGGCGACGGCGGCACCGCGCUCGUCGAGGGCCUGGCCGCGCUCCCGCUCGAGACGCUCUUCUGGGCGGGCGGGCGGGAGGGCGCUCCUGCGGCGCUGCUCGAGGCGCCUCGGGCGGGGCCGCCUCGCCGGCUCGGCCUCGGCUUCAAGGAGGCGGAGCUGGACGGGCUCGACCUCGUGAGCGAAGAAGAGGCGGCGGCGCGAGGCGGGAGGCAGAGCCUCGCCCUCUCGCUGGGCGGAGACGCCCUCGAGGAGCUGGUGCUGCUGAGCGCGGGGGGGCUGCCUCGCUGCCUCGCGGGGCCCCUUGUCCGCGCCUCUGGCAGCUGGUCGCGGCUCAGGGUGCUCCAGAUGGGGCACGAGCCGCUCUCGUCGCUCCUCGCGCUGCACGACUCGGCGGCGCUGCUCCGCGCCCUCCCCCCGAGCCUGCAGUCUCUCGGUGCAGUCGAGUGCUCCUGGCUCGACCCGCUCGCGUUCUUCCGCGCGCUCUGCGACGAGGGGAGGGGCCCGCCUCGCUGGGCGGCCGGCCUGCGCGACCUCGCCCUCUUCACAAACUCACCUGGCGCUGGGCGGGCGGAUGUCGAUGCUUUUGCGGCCGGCGUCGUCUCCGCGGCGGGCUUCGCCGACGACUGCGCGCUGCACAUGGCGGCCGCAUACACCGCCGCCCUCUUCCCUGCCCUCGAACGGCUCCUCAUCGAGUGGUACGACAAUGAUGACUUGCCGGCGGGCGGAGUCGCCCGCGCCCUCGCGCCGCUGCGCGGCUGCUCCUCGCUGCGAGAGCUGCACCUGUGCCGCAGCGACGCUGAUUGCGGGUCGAUCGACGCCGACGCACAGAGCUUCGCUCGCGCGUUUGUCGCCGGUGGCGAGGGAGCGGCGCCGUGCCCCGCGUUGCGCGUGUGCGUACACGACGCACCGGGCCGGGGAUUCGAUGGCGGCGAGACGGCGUGGGCGAUCGAGUGCGGCUUUUUGCCGUGGUGUCGCGCGUCUGAGUAG